CUCGCUUAAGGCUCUCACUAAUCAACCAGGAAUACAGCAACACAUAAAAGGAGCCAGAGACUCGGGAAAUCCUUCAGCCAAGGGGAGACAAGCUGCACCGAGGUUUAUCUCCAUGGAGAAAUCCACUGACAAGCCAAACAAGGAAAACAGAUCAUCAGCUCCUGGAGUACUGCAGGCUGAGGCAGACAGUCCCGUGCCCGUGGCGGGAGGUGCUGCAGAAAUGAGCAGAGCAGGAUCCGUAACACAAAACUCAAAGCACGAGAAGAGAGUGAGAUUCACUGAAGAGUGUACUGAAGAAAUGGAGAGACCUUCAGGAACAGAGAGCGACAGUCCUGCUGUACUAACGAACACAAACUCUCCCGAAAUGAGCACGUUGGAACUGAACCACCAGUGCUCAGACACAGCCGCCCUGGAUGCGGACUGCAUGAUCUGCUUCAACAAGUACAGCAUCUACAGAGUCCCAAAGCUCCUGGACUGCCAGCACGCCUUCUGCGCCGUCUGCCUCAAGCUGAUCCUCAGGAAAGAGGAGAACACCUGGAUAAUCACCUGCCCUCUUUGCAGAAAACCCACCUUCGUGUCAGGAGGGCUCAUCCGCACACUCCAGAACAAAGAAGACAUCCUGGAGCGCUUGGAGAGCCUUGAUUCAAACCCUGAGGUGUACGUCUAUGCCAUGGGGCUGGACGGCAACAGCUGGACUCAGAGCAGCCAGGACAUUUUAAACACAGAGGAAAACAGCCCAACACACAGCGGCCUGGCUGUGCAGAGACUCGUGCUGCUGCUGCUGCUUGGGGUGAUCCUCGCCAUACUCAUCCUCCCCUUUAUGUACUCGGGGAAGGUGAAAUGGGUAAUUUGUCUCCUGCUUACUUUGGGGUUGCUCAUGUCUUUGGUGCUUUGCUGCACUCCUAAAUUCCACUGCAGGUGCAAGAAGGACUCUUCCGCCUCGUGUGACAAGGAGAUCCACGUUGUGACCGUUGCCUGA